AUGUCCACACAAAAGUUAAAUCUAUACCGCGAACCCAUCGUGGAUAAUUCGAUCGCUAGAGAAGAGGUGCAUAGUUAUCAUCCCUCCACAAAUUCUUUUCAAAAUAACGAUAUAUUCACCAUUGAACUGAACCAACAAGAUGUUUUAUUUUCGUUCUUCGAAAGUUAUAUACGUAUUGAGGGAGAUUACAAAGAAAAAUUAAACGAUCCAACUGAUACUAUCCAGCUAACGCACAACUUACCAACAUAUCUAUUUGAGUAUAUCGCAUUUGAGCAUAACGGUACUGAAAUCGAACGGGUACGUGAACCCGGUUUAACAUUAUUGAUUCGAACCCUAAUCUUUAGAAAUUUAGAAAGAAGCUAUUUAGAAAUAGCUGGUUUAAAAUGGCCACCCGAAGGAAAUUUGCCUACAGUUAGUGCGAACAAGGAUUUCACGUUUCAAAUCCCAUUAAGUCAUAUUUUCGGAUUAUUUAGAGACUAUAAUCACGUUAUGAGAGGUCGCUUCAAAUUUAGAUUUGUUAGAAGUCGUACUGACUCCAAUUGUUAUAAAUCUACAUCAAAAGCCGAUUCUAGCACCGCAGAGUUUACUGUAAAAACGGUUACAUUGUUGGCGAAACAUGUGUACCCAAGCCCAUCUAUAAAGAUGAAGCUGUUAGAUGGCUUAAAUAAAAACGCAAACAUUCCCGUACCGUUUCGGAAGUGGUCUUUUUAUGAGCUACCUUCAAUGAGAAAGGGAAAUAAAGAGAUUUGGUCGGUCACGUCAACAACUAACAGAGGUAGACCUCAAUACGUUAUACAGUGA